AUGACGGCGGCGGGGCCGGGAGCGGGGCCGGGGGCGGAGGCCCAGAUGGGGAAGGACAGGGACGUGGUGCGGCUGGAGCGCGAGUCGGUGAUCCCCGUCAUGAAGCCCAAGCUCAUCAUGAAGCUCGCCUACCUUAUUGGUUUGCCUCUGACCCCUCUCUCUCUUCCUUUACCUGUCCCAUUACUCCGGUCCGGCGUUCGCCAUGGGCGCUGCGCGUUUCUUGAUUCCCUUUCGCCACAGAACGGAUUUCACCAGCACGAAAACGACAGGGAAGAAUUCCUGAAGCUCUGCAAGAGGGUGGAGUACACCAUCAGAGCUUGGUAUCAUCUCCAGUUUGAUGAUAUGAUGGAGCUGUAUGCUCUCUUCGACCCUGUGCAGGGUGCCAAAAAACUGCAGCAGCAGAACUUCUCGUCCGAGGAAAUCGAUACACUCGAGCAGAACUUCCUGACCUAUUUCUUUCAGGUGAUGCAAAAAAGCAAUUUCAACAUAUUAUCUGACGAUGAGGUUGAGCUUGCUCAUUCUGGACAAUACCUAUUGAAUCUUCCAAUUAAAGUUGACGAAGGAAAGUUAGAUAACAAACUUUUGUCGAAGUAUUUCAAGGAGCACCAUCAUGACAACCUACCUGAGUUCUGUGAUAAGUACGUCAUAUUUCGGAGGGGCAUAGGACUGGACCGCACUAGCGAUUUUUUCUUCAUGGAGAAAGUGGACAUGGUCAUAACUCGUACAUGGCGAUGGCUGUUACAGAAGACGAGACUGCAAAGGCUCUUCUUGAGAAAGAAAAAGGUCAAGCCAGUGAUAGAUUCCAAGAAAGAUGAUGAUCUAGUUGGUGAAGGGGACGACAAGGAGCUAUACGUUGAACGUAUACGACUUGAAACAAUGAAAUUGAGCCUGCGCAAUUUAAUUGGCAAGGUUACAAUUCAGGAGCCUACAUUUGAAGAGGUGAUUGUCUUGUACAGGAAGAAAAGCCCGAAGGGCCAGGAUGAUAGAGCAAUUCAGGUUAAACACUUCAAAAAUAUUCCGAUGGCAGAUAUGGAGUUGGUUCUGCCUGAGAAGAAAAACCCGAGCCUCACGCCAAUGGACUGGGUUCAGUUCAUUGUUUCUGUUGUUAUUGGGCUUGUUACACUCGUCGGUUCACUCGAAAUGCCUAAAGCUGAUUUCUGGGUUGUGAUUGCCAUCCUUUCUGCUCUGGCUGGAUAUUGUGCUAAGAUCUAUUUCUCGUUUCAACAGAACAUGGCAACCUAUCAAAACCUAAUCACUCAGUCAAUGUAUGACAAACAACUAGAUAGUGGGAAAGGCACACUUCUGCACCUCUGUGAUGAUGUGAUUCAGCAGGAAAUCAAGGAGGUCAUAAUCGCAUACUAUAUAUUGAUGGAAAACGGAAAAGCUACUGUUGAGGAUCUUGAUUUGCAAUGCGAGGAGCUAAUCCAGGAAGAGUUUGGUUUGCAAUGUAAUUUUGAGGUGAUGGAUGCUCUUCAAAAGUUAGAGAGAUUUGGUAUUGUUACAAGAGAUUCUAUAGGAAGAAUUGUUUGCGUUCCUCUAAAGCGAUCCAAUGAGAUCAUUGGUGCUACUACUGAGGAGCUGCCAUGUAACAGUUUCUGUGAGUUGAUUACUGGUGAGUUUACAGAUAUCAAGGAAAAGGAGAAAGAAAAGCAGCAAAGGAGGUACAUGUGCAGGAGAAGCAAGCGAAGAGGGUGUGGAGAAGAGGGGGGCACAGCGUUUGGGGGUGAGAUAAUGAGCAGCAGCAGCAGCUUGGCGUCCACCAUUUCUGCAGCAGCCACUGCUGCUCGUCCUCGCCAUGGCGCGGCGAAGCAGCAGCUGAGCACAAGGGUGAAGCCACACCUGAAGCAUGCUGCAGGCUGCUGGGAGAGCAGCGGCAGCGGCAGGGCGGUGGUGGCGAGGGCUGGGCCCGGGCCGCUGACGGAGAUCGAGCCGGACCUGCAGGAGGACCCCAUCGACAAGUGGCGCACCAACGGCGUCCUCCCGGAAGACUUUGUGUAUGGAGUGUAUGAUGGCCACCAUACCUAUGAUGAAGGCCAAGAAAAGAUGGGCUUCUGGGAGGAUGUUUCUGAGUGGUACCAAGAAGCUGAGCCUCCACAGGGAUUCCAAGCACUCAUCUCCUGGGCAUUCCCUCCUGCAGUCAUCCUCGGAAUGGCUUUCGAUGUGCCGGGAGAGUACCUUUACAUUGGGGCAGCUAUCUUCAUCGUCGUGUUCUGCGUCAUCGAGAUGGACAAGCCGGACAAACCGCACAACUUUGAGCCGGAGAUCUACAUGAUGGAGAGGUCCAAGCGCGACAAGCUCAUCGCAGACUACAACUCCAUGGACAUCUGGGACUUCAACGAGAAGUACGGCGAGCUCUGGGACUUCACUGUCAACAGAGAUGACCUUAUCCAACCAUAG